AUGACCUUGACCAAGCUCUCCGCGCUCGUCUUGACGGCCGCAGCGCUUCUUCCUUCCUUGGGUCAUGCGGCCCCGGCGGCGACGAUGACUUCGGCUAAGCGCGGUGGGAUGGGGUUCGCUUUCGAUCACCAGAAGAUUCGGGGUGUGAAUCUUGGUGGAUGGUUGGUCCUCGAGCCCUGGAUCACGCCUUCGAUCUUCGAAGCGACACCUGACAAUGUCAUGGAUGAGUACAGCAUGAGCGCCACGCUCGGCAAGGACGAGAUGGAAAAGCGCAUGCAGAAGCACUGGAGCAGCUGGAUCACUGCUGGUGACUUCAGCGAAAUGGCCUCGCUCGGCCUGAACUUUGUCCGCAUCCCGAUCGGAUACUGGUCAGUUGCGCCAGUGGACGGUGAUCCAUACAUCCAAGGCGCCUACGAGUGGCUCGGUAAGGCCAUCGAUUGGGCUGGCCAGAAUGGUAUCAAGGUCAUGAUCGAUCUCCACGGUGCGCCAGGUAGCCAGAACGGAUUCGACAACUCAGGCAACAAAGGUGUCAUCCAGUGGACCCAGGGCAACACCGUCUCCCAGACCCACAAGGCUCUGAAGAAGCUCAAGAAGGACCAUGCGUCAAACCCUGCUGUGGCGUCCAUUGAACUGCUCAACGAGCCCAUGGGUCCGGAACUGGACAUGGACACCGUCGAGCAGUUCUACUACGACAGCUGGGGUGACCUGAAGAACGCUCCAGUGGCUACGACAAUCCACGAUGCGUUCCAGGACCUGAGCUACUGGAACGGCUGGGGUGACGGGCUCUGGAACGUCAUGGUCGACACCCACCACUACGAAGUCUUCGACUCCUCAGAACUCGAGAUGAGCACCCACGACCACAUCAGCACCGCCUGCUCCUACGGCGGCGAAAUGGCCGGCUGCAACAAAUGGACCGUCGCCGGCGAAUGGACGGGCGCCAUGACCGACUGCGCGAAAUGGUUGAACGGUCGCAACACCGGCGCACGGUACGACGGCACGUUCGAGGAUUCGUACUUCAUCGGCUCCUGCGAGGGAUACUCGACCGGUACCGUGGCUGGGCUUAGCUCGGAUGCGAAGCAGAAUAUCGGGUCGUUUAUUCAUGCGCAGAUGGCGGCGUAUGAGAAGGCGUCCGGAUGGAUCUUUUGGACGUGGAAGACGGAGAGUGCGCCUGAGUGGGACUUCCAGGCCCUGGCUGGUGCUGGCAUCAUCCCGAAGUUGGGCUCUAUCGAUUCUUCGAUGUGUGGCUGA